CUGAGGAGAAGGAUAAAGAAACUGGCUAUCAAGAUGGUAAUCACUAGUGGAAAUGAAGAAGAUAAAGGCAAUCAAGAAAAGGAGAGCAAAGAAGAAACUAUCCUGGCAAUGCUUGGGAUUAUUGGAACAAUUCUGAACCUCAUUGUGAUCAUUUUUGUGUACAUUUACACAACAUUGUGA